AUGAAUUUCGAAUUUGAGCGAGAGAUUGGUUUUAUCAAUAGCCAGCCAUCGCUCGCUGAGUGCCUGACAUCUUUUCCCCCUGUCGGUGAUACAUUUCAAAGUUCAUCAAUCAAGAACUCGACGCUUUCACACUCGACACUGAUUCCUCCUCCUUUCGAGCAGACCAUCCCCAGCCUGAACCCAGGCAACCACCCUCGCCACAGCAGCAGCAGCCGCCCUAAGCACAGCCCCAAUGGCAGCAGCGGCAGCCCGGUGCCAGCCGGCGCCCUCCAGCCUCCGGAGUACCCCUGGAUGAAGGAGAAAAAGGCUUCCAAGAAAUCUGCCCUGCCGCCUUCUUCGGCCUCCGCCACUGGACCAGCUUGCCUGAGCCACAAAGAAUCUCUUGAGAUCCCCGAGAAUGGGAACGGUGGUUCUAGGAGGCUGAGGACGGCAUAUACCAACACGCAGCUUUUGGAGCUGGAGAAAGAAUUCCAUUUCAACAAGUACCUCUGCAGACCGAGGAGGGUGGAGAUAGCCGCCCUCCUGGAUCUGACCGAGAGGCAAGUCAAAGUCUGGUUUCAAAACAGAAGGAUGAAGCACAAGAGGCAGACCCAAUGUAAGGAGAAUCAAAACGUGGAGGGGAAACUGAAAGGCUUGGAGGACUCGGAGAAAGCCGAGGACGACGACGAGGAGGAGGAGGAAGAAGAAGAGGAGGAGAAAUCCCUCUUCGAGCAAGCCCUCACCAGCGUCUCAGGCGCUCUUUUGGAACGGGAAGGCUACGCUUUUCAGCAGAACGCUCUGGCACAGCAGCAGGCUUCGGCUGGCCACAAUGGAGACUCGCCGAGCUUCCCAGUUUCGCCUUUAGCCAGCAAUGAGAAAAAUCUGAAACAUUUUCAGCACCAGUCACCCACUGUUCCCAACUGCCUGUCAACAAUGGCCCAAAACUGUGCGGCCGGCCUGAACAAUGACAGCCCCGAGGCCCUGGGCGUCCCUUCUUUGCAGGACUUCGGCGUUUUCUCCGCAGAUUCCUGCCUACAGCUCUCCGAUGCCGUCUCUCCCAGUUUGCCAGGAUCCCUCGACAGCCCUGUAGAUAUUUCAACUGACAGCUUUGACUUUUUCACAGAUACACUCACCACAAUUGACCUGCAGCAUCUGAAUUACUGAGAAAGGACAGACCUUCCUUCGCCAAGGGUUACGCUACCUUUCUUUCCUUUGUUUCUUUUGGGGGGAGGGGAAAAGAAACAAAAUGGUUCGAUUUAAUUUCUUUCCCUUUUCCUGGUCAGUAUUUUCCUUUUAUUCUCCUCCCCCCCCCAUAUAUAAUGUGUUGGAGAUCCAUUUUACCGCUUUCCUGGACGUUUUAGUUGUGUUCAAUUUAACCUAGCCACAUUCUAGGUCCUCCUACGGAAGCAAUAUAUAAGGCCUGCAAGAAAGUGAGCCUAUUGAACUCGGUCUUCACUUUCUUUUUAUUUUUGUAUGACAUUAGG